AUGCCCGUGCAACAUCCCGAGUUUCUCGAAUCUGCUAUCACCACUUUUACCCAUCUUAUCAAAGUUCUCAAAGACGUCGAAUCCCACUCCUCCCACGACCAUCGCUACCAGGUCUUCCAACAACUCGGAGUCUAUCUCGCUAUCAGAGGGGCUGGAUUCGCCAUCGAGGAUCUUGCUGACUUCGACCAUACCAACGUUGAGUUCAACAUGACCCAUCCAAACCAUGAUGGACCAUCUCAUCCAGAGAGCGGACGACAGGAACAGCUGCUCGAAGGUAUAAGUAGCGGCCCUCCUUUCCCUCUACUGGACCAUCACCUCCUUCUACUUGAGUGGGAACUCUACGAGGAAAUCUACCCUUGGGAUAAAGAGAAUCGUCCUGCUCUACCACCUCCACCCAUGUUGCUUAACAUCCGUGUCACCACCACCGUCACUCACCACACAUCAGAGCCAGGAUUACUCCUCGACAGCGAUGGAGAUGAACUCCCGCUUCUAAACAACCUUAGUGAUGAAGCACUGGCCGACUCAUGGAGGAGUGCACAGUGGGGAGAUGAUGAAGAUGAGACAGGUCAUUGGAUGAUGGGAGGGUCUUGGAUGACAGGGAGAGCUUGGAGAGAAGAUGAUGAACAGGCAAGGAAUGCCAACGAUGAACGACCCGGCUACCCCCACCAUAAUGGUGCCACCUACCCCUACAAUGACCCACCUGAGGACAGAUCACAACCUGCACCAGCUGACACCAUCAAGGAGCAGAUAAGGUAUGCUCGAGUGAUCAAGUCUUUGAGCAACCCAGCGGCAGGACAGGUAUCGCUCAUCGCCCCAGAUGUAGCAUCACCCUAUGAUGUCUUCAUCGCCACACCACUAACAUUCCUCAUAGAAUGCGAUGGUCAUCAUCUCUACAUCCAUCGUACGGGCACGCGCGACUUUGCCACCUUCCACGCCUUCGUCUUUACUUGGGACAAUCAGAAGGUCACCUGGCACCUCUACUCGGAAGACUCACCUCAUCGUGUCUUCAGUCAAUGGGUCGCUCUUCUUUAUCCGCCACCCAUCCCAGGCAUGCACAACUGGCAUCCAACACCCAACCGGAUGUGCAUCAUCAGUGUUCGCUUCGCGGGCAAGGAAGAAGGCGUCGAGCAAUAUGAGGUCGAACUAUUCAGGACGUUCUCUGAUCAAGUCCACUAUGGAGAUGCCAAGACACCUCGUAAGUUCGUGCCGGUCAUCUUCCAACCCCUCGUUGCCAUGAUUGAGCAGCCUGGAUGGCUUACUGAUGGUGUCGAAGCACUAAAGGUGGUCCUCUAUGAAGAUGGAUCCAUCUCGCACUGGGCACCUACCGAGUUCCAUCCUCAGCCCCAAGAGGAUCUCGAUGAUGGCUGGGAGGUCGUACCCCACACUACCAUCCCAGUCUAUAACCAUGUAGGUGUUCGUGGGGGACAUUGA